AAACGGAAUGCUGCAGAGAGGAAGCGAGUGAACGCAGGCGCUGUGCAGUGCAGUGUCGGGCAGCAUCAGUGGCUUAAUACGCUUUAUUUAUGCCAGACAUCUGACGCGCAGACUGAGAGAUUCGCAGUCAUGUCGAAGAACACCGUGUCCGAUCGGUUCCGCAAGGUGGAUGUGGAUGAGUACGACGAGAACAAGUUUGUGGACGAGGAGGAUGGAGGAGAGAAUCAGCUGGGUCCAGACGAAGCAGAAGUGGAUUCACUCAUCAGACAAGGGAACCUCAUGGGAGCACUACAGGCAGUCCUGAAAAACCCACCAAUCAAUACAAAGAAUCAAAAUGUCAAGGACCGUGCUGAGGGGCUGGUGCUUAAGGUGCUCAGCUCCUUUAAGGCCAGCGACAUCGAGAAGGGAGUGCAGUCUUUGGACAAGAACGGCGUGGACCUGUUGAUGAAGUACAUCUACAAAGGCUUCGAGCGGCCAUCGGAAAACAGCAGCGCCAUCCUCCUGCAGUGGCAUGAGAAGGCUCUCUCUGCAGGAGGAGUGGGCUGCAUCGUCAGGGUACUGACCGCCAGGAAAACGGUGUAAGCACUGGCGCAGGCAGUUUUACCCCCACCCCCCGAGACAGAAAACCACAGGAUUGGCACCUGCUGGUUCAUUCAGAACAAAGAAAAGACUUCUAUAGGGUGCUGAUAACAACUCAUAUCCAAUGCUACAUCCUGCUCUCCCCGCCUGCAGUUUGUCUGUUUUACAGUCUGUCUGUCUCCUUAUCUCCGCACCUUGAUCACAGACAAAUGCACACACGUAUUACAUGCAUAUGAUGGUGCCAUUGAUUUUUAUGGUAGAUUUAGCUUCUCUCAGGAAAUAAAAUCUUAAGGCACAUCACCUUAAGAAUGCAAGUCAUUAUGAUUUUAUUAAACCUAUUCAGUUUUUUUUUUACAUGAACAUUUUUGUAUGAUUUAAAGUUUCUAUGAUUACAGUUCCUGAAGAGAUCUGGGUUGUCCCUACAUAGUCUUUGUAUUUUUCUGGUAGUAGGAAGGCUGUUUGGUCAUCAUCUAAAGUGAACAGCCUCAUUCGGGGCUGCUGGGGCGUCUCUCUUGCCAGCCGGGCGUGGUGGUCUGUCUCGCUUUGUCUAGCCAGGGACAGAUUAGGAUUAAUACCCUAAAGGCUUCCUCCCGCUUCUGUCCCGUCAGCCACUAAUCCCGGCUCAUCGCUCCACAGUAUUCACUCUUAAAACAACCAAAGGGCAUUAGCAUUACACAAUGAAAAUAGCUUCCACUUUUUCCGUUGUGCUCCACAGAUACAGUGUAUUAGUGUCCAGUUCUUGUCCUUGAGGACUGAUGUCCUGCACAGGUUGGUGAAUUCAUGCUCAAACACACCUGCUAAACCUGCCAACUGCUGAUUUGAUCAGGUGUGUUUGAGCAGGUAAAUCUGGAUUAAGGCCCUCCAGGACUAAAGUUGGUCACCCCUUGUUUUUCCAGAAUUCAGCCAAAUAUCUACCUAAUGACUGACCGUUGCUAUUGCAUUGCUAUCUUGAUUCUUUACACUUUGUUUAGAACAGCUACCUUUUUUUUUAUCUCACAGGGGAUUCAAUGAGCAGCCAUUUCACUAAUCCUGUUGUUCGCUAAUGCUAUUGUAGGGUAUUAAUGCCCUUGUCGCUCAUAUUACCGGUGAUGUUUCACCAUAUCUGUCUGCGUCUUAAGCCUCUGUCAUCUCUAAUCACUGUCUGUCUUAAAAUUCCUAAGCACUUAGUGCAAAUCUAUUAAGGACCACUGCUGAUUUGUCUGUAAAUGCUUUCGUCUGUAGUUACUCAUGUCUUUUGCCAUUCGUAGUGAGAGAGCCCUGCUAUAAAAGCAGACCAUCACCGUCUAAAACUUUUCCAAGGACUAGCAAUGUAUUUGAACAAAUGGCCCGGUCUCUCCAAUGCAGUAAUGUUUCACUCUCUUGUGACCAAGUGCAAAACAUAUUAUACAAACCAAACUGGUGUAAAAACUGCCUUACUAAAUAUUAAUUUUUUUAUGUUCAUGCUUUUGAAAUUGAACAAUAAAGAUUUAUACGUAUGAUCAAACAAA